CGGAAGGGGAGCCGUCGAAGCCCAUGUCGAAGCUCUUGGCUUGACGCUCGCUCCUUCCACUGUCCUGCAGCGCUGACCGGCGUGGUCGAGCGGUUCGGGUGCAGCUGCAGCAGAUCGAGAUGGUGAAGCUGGCCUACGUGGAGAUCGCCGCCGUGGGUCAGGGUGAGCCGAAGCAGCAUGUGCUGGAGCUGCAGGCCGCCAACCUCAAGAUGCCGUCCGUCGCCAUCGGCUGCAUCCCCAUCCUCACCAAAUACGCGCCGAAGCCCUUCAGCGACAUGCCGUCUGCGGAGCACAUCACCGUUUUCCCUGGGUGGGUGGCUCAGUCAGCGACAGACAGCGAGUGCAUCUGGACAGACAGCACUCGAUGGUGUCUGUGGUGACACACGAUGGUGUGUGUGAUGGGGUGAUGUGAGGUGUGGUGGGGUGUGGUGUGUGUUGCGUGUGCAGGUAUCAUGACUGUCGCGACGACAACGUGCCGAUCAUCCUGACGCUGCGCAAGGGCGAGCACCGGACGGACGCCCGCAACACCAUCGCAACCGUGUACAAGAAUGUGUUCUUUGAGGACAAGGGCAUCGGCAGUAUACGGUCGGACGGCGCCAGAGUGACCUGCAGAGGUCAGUCAAGGGAUAGAUAGAGCCAUGGAUGGGGGGAUGGGGAUGGAUGGAUGGAUGGAUGGAUGGACAAAGGGAGGGAGGGAGGGAGGGAGGAGGGCUGGGCUGGGCUGGGCUGUGCACUUAUGUGUCUGUCGCUGUGUGGUUGUGUGUGUUCGUCUGGCUGUGUACUGCCUGCCAAACCAGGUCCUGUGUUGAUCUUCUGGCGCAGCAAGCUGUCGGACCCCAACCAGACCGGCGGCAAGAUGCAAAUGCAGCUCAGGUGUGUACAGCGGGAUCACACACGCACCCACUCACUCAUCCACCCGCUCUUUGCUUUGUGUGUGUGGCCGUGCAGCAACUUCACGUUGGCUGACGUCAGGAAGACCAUCGGCGAGAAGCGCUACGCCAUCCUGCUGGAAGACCACCGGCGCCCCUCCCCCAGCAUGCCCAUCACCGCACCCGUGCCGAGGAACCCCUUCAGCCUUCAAGCCAGCCAGCCGCUCCCCGUCCCCGAGCCCGUGGCGCCCGCCGCACCCUCCUCUCGUUCCAUCCGCCCGUCGACCUCAUCAUCCCUCCAGCCAGACGAUGACGGACCCACCACCUGGACAGAGGAAUGGGGCGACGGCAACAAGACACAGACACAGACCCAGGCGCCCAGCACCACGUCGUAUGACCAUGAUGAGCAUCAGCGUGGGCGUGUGACGGAGGGGGAGCCAUUCAUCCCUCCCCGGCCGUCGUUCGCGCCGCCCUCGUUUCCGCCGGUCGUGCAGCAGGUGGCCGAGUACCACCACGAGCAGGAGGAGCUCUCGGCGCAGAUCGAGGCACACAGUUUCUGCUCGGCCGCCUCCCUGUCGGGGCCUCCCAGUGGUGUGGGGGUUGUGUUGGAUCAUCACAGCUACGGCGAGCAUGAGGACGAGAGUGACGGCGAGGAGGCCCUGGCUGCGUCACAACACUCACUGGGCGUGGGGGAGCAGAGCGGUGAUGGGGUGGUGCGGGAGGAGAGGGCGGUAUCCAGCCGCACACAGCCGUUCGGGCCAUGCCUCUCACCUCUCGGCAGCGAGGCCUCCGUCCCACCGGCCGGCCCCUCCUCGCCACUGCCCUUCAUGCCCAUGCCGGCGCCAGUCGACCACAUCCACACCCACACUCCCCCUCAACCUCAGCAGGGAGGCGCAGACGCUGCCGCCGCCGCUGCCGCUGCUGCCCCCGCAGCAGCUGCAGUGCCGUUUGCGUGCCUCUCCCCCCAACAGCAACAGCAGCCACAGCAGCCCCCGAUGGUGAUGAUGGAGCCACCGAACAUCAUUCCGAUGAUGGACGGCAUGCAGGAGCACAUACAGGGGCAGCAGCAGGAGGGUCAGGGGGCCGGACAGGCAUUCCCCCUGGUGCCGGCGACGAAUGGCGUGGGCGUGGGUGUCGGCCAGGGUGUGGAUGUGGGCAUGGGUGUUGGUUUGGGGGCUGGUCCUGCCCCACCCUGUAUGUCUGACAGCGAGGCGGUGGCGCUGCUGGACCAGCUGCAGGGUGCGAUGCCGGCCGUGAUGAGUGUGGGCCAGGCGGUGCGUGUGCUGGUCGACACUGAGCGAAUGCAGAUGGGGGGGCGGCUGGAGGAGAUUCAGAGAGAACUGGAGGCUGCCAAGGCAAGGUCAGCAAUGAGCAACACAAGCCAGAGAGGGAGGGAGGGAGGGAGUGUGCAUGUGAUGAGUGUGGUCGUGCUGUUUUGUUGUUCUGUUGUGUGUGUGAGUGCAGCGUCGCUGAGAAGGACACGACUGUCCUGUCUCUCUCGGCCAUCAUCAAUCGGCAGGAGCAGACCAUCCAGCAGCUGAGCACCCCCAAGCCCAAAGAAGACCAGCACACCCAGACCGACACGGCCAUCGCCCCUGCCCCUGCCCCUCCCCUCGGGCCCCUCCUCCCGCAGCCCACCCCACCGUCCCCACUCCCUCUUACCGUCUCCUACACACCCAAACACUUCUCGCCCUCCACUGCCCCAAAGGUGCCCUACACGCCCACGGCUCGCCAGCACUCGGCCGCCCACAGCACCAUCACCACCCCCACGAUGAUCGCCACGCCCAGCACUAAGCCCACCAUGAGCUACGGGGCCCAGCACCAGCACAAUCCCCUGCCCCAGCCGUGGGAACCACCUGGGUACGUCCAGGCAUUCGCGCGCUUCCCUGAUCCUGGGUGGGAUAUGCGUGGGCCGUACUUUGGGAAGUUUGACGGCAACUUCCUCCAUCUGGAGGUGGGGGACGUCAUCUGCCCCACACCACACCACACCAUGGAGCCGCCGGCUGGCAGCAUGCAGCAGGGCUGGGCGCUCGGACGCAACUCGCGCACACAUCACGUACGUCAGCCACACACACACUCGUGGGCUCAUGAUGCAAUCAUGUGUGCACAUGGAUGUGAUGUGUUGUGGCUGGUGUGUGCAUGUCAGGUGGGGUGGUACCCCGAGUCGUAUGUGAGGCCAUACGGCGUCACGGCGAGGGGGCCGGGGGGCCGCUGAGCGACUGACUGACUCACUGACUCAUUGACUCACACACACAAGCCAAGACGGGUGCUGGUGUGGUGUGGUGUGGUGUGGUGUGGGGGGCGGGGGCGGGUGUGGGGUGUUGUGGUGUGCUGUGGCGUGUACAUCAUGCCUCGAUCGCAGAUCAGAUCCCUCCGUAUGUCUGUAUGUGUGUAUGUUGUGUGUGGUGGGUGGCCCGCCUCCCGCACCAGGCAGGUUGGGCGAGGCGAGCACUUUCUGGCGUGCCUGAUGGAUGGAUGGCCUUGAUUCUGGCUAUGUACCUACCUGCUAUAUAUAGAUCAGAUCUAUAAUUAAUAUGAGAGAGGGGAGAGAGUGAAGGAGAG